GGAUUAUUUGAGGACUUAGGUGAUAGCAGACGGACCUUACUUACCGUUACCGCUGCUUGCAUGGGAAAACGGCAAAGAAACGACAAUGUGGAUGUGGCCUGUUUUAUUGGCUUUUUGUCUUGCUCGGAGUUUCCAGUGCCAAGCAACCAUCACGCUGAAACGCCUGUCUUCUGUGUACCUGCCUUACAGCAUUGACGAGGAUGGACAAGCAGACUUCGCCAUGGGGGACAGAGGUGCUGUAGAAAAAUUCAGCUAUGACUUCGAAAAGUACCGGGUCUAUGCUGCAGGUAAAGCUGGGAUUCUGAACGUUAUCGACAUCUCCGCCCCCUCCACUCCACGUGUGCUCCACCGGCAGAAGCUGCCAGGCGGUGCCCUUGGCGUUGACCUUUGCGGAGCCUACCUGGCGGUGACUCUUGCUGGGGACUCCUUCGUUGAUUCCGGCAAGGUUUUGGUGUAUAAAAAGUACAGCGAUGGUCAAACGUCCAUGGAGCUCGUGCACGACAUACCAGUUGGCAGCCGACCAGAUUCACUCAAAUUUACAAAAGAUUGCAGAAAGUUGUCGGUUGGCAAUGAGGCGCGUGCAGGGGAAGAUGAGUCGGGAAACUUCGUGGAUCCCGAAGGAUCGGUGAUGGUGAUCGACUUCGGGUCGGAAGACAUCGGCAGUGCCAAUCCUGUCGUGCGAACGGCCAACUUCCGCAAAUUUGAUGCCUUAGGAGACUUCUAUCAAUCCGCUGGUGUCCGCUGGCUCAUGAAGGGAUUGAAAGAAUCCUGGAACACACAGACGAUACCACCGAUCCUUAACAACUCUAGUUUUUAUCAAACCUUGGAGCCAGAAUCCAUCACAUUAAAUGAGGAUGGGUCAAAAGCCUACGUCUGUUUUCAGGUGAGAUUUGAUGCGUUUGCAAUCUGUUUUGGCCUUGUUAUCAAUUAA